UUGGUUUUUAGGACGUUUUUCUGAGCAAACGACGUCGUUUCUUUUUUUUCGACGCCGUGUUCUAUUUCUCCGAUUAGCGUCGGUCGUCUUCUCUCUCAGUCUCAGUCCUUGAUCUGGUUUCUGUUUACUUAAUCGCUUCUUGUGGGAGAAAUGUCUUCUUGAUUGAGACAGCAUCAGAGGUAUGUGUUUAUUUUGUGAUUGAUCAAAGUUCAGAAAGUAUGAUAAGAAGAACUUGUUUGAUCUAUCUACUUAUAAAAACUCGUGGUUCUGAGAUUGUAGCAAGAAAUGAGUGGGCAUUGUAUGUGUUUGAAUAUUAGUACUGUAGUUGCUGGAUUGAAAUGUGUAGGUAUAUGUACAUUUGUUUUCGUUGAGGCAUUUCGUCGAACAGUUAGAGGACGACUAUAAGAUGGAUAAGCUUCUUGAGAAUCAUCAGUUUGCGACGCAUGCCAUCGCUGCCUCUGCUUCUGUAUCGUUAGGAACUGCUCUCGCUUAUCCUCUGGAUACAAUCAAAACCAUUAUCCAGGUUGGUUCAGGACCCAGUAAGAAAUUACGCCCCUUUCAAGUUGUGAAUAGAGUUCUUCGCUUCUCUGGCUAUUCAGGUCUGUACAGUGGUCUUGGAUCGUUAACUUUAGGAAGGAUUUCAGGUGUUGGUGCAAGGUUUGGUGUCUAUGAGAUCCUAACAGCUUUCUACAAAGAUGGUCGACAUGAUAACUAUGUGAGUGUCGGUGAAGCUUUUCUAGCUGGGAUGGUGGGAGGUGCAGCAGAAACAGUGGUGACUUCUCCAUUUGAGCUUAUCAAAGUCAGAAAACAAGUGACUGCUGCAUCACGGGCUCCAAAUGCUGCCGCUGUUGCAGAGACCGCACCUGUUUCACCUAUGAUCACAAAACUGCUAAGAAGAUACACUCUUGAUGUAAAGUCGUUGACGCAAACAGUCAGUCUCUUAUCCGUCUUGAAUCAUAAACAUCCGAACAUGACAGCCGCUUUGCAAGAGUACCCGUGGAUGAUGACUGGAACAGGAAACCCGCCAUCAGCCAUGGAUGUUAAGAGACCGCUCGAUGUUGCCUCACUUGAAGGAUAUAGAGCUUUAUGGAGGAAUCUACGUUCGGGUCUUGUAAGAGAUUGUCUUUAUGGAGGAGUGUUCUUCUCGACGUGGCAGUUUCUUCACGAGGCAAUGGUCGGUUGGAAAGCUGUUGGAAUGAAUCCUUUGCCCAGUUCUGAAGAAGAAAUCGGACCAUUAUCUCCGGUAGCCAUUAGCAUUGCUGCUGGGAUUUCCGGUGCCGUUGCAGCUGCAGCAUCUCAUAGCUUUGACACAGCAAGAACACGUGCGCAGUGUGUAAUAUUGCCGAAGUAUACAGCAAAAGAGAGGAAGUUUCUGAAAUGGAAUAAACCUGGGAAGAGAUUAGAGAGAUGGACAGGAAUACAUCCUACAGACAGAAAUCUCCUGUUCCGAGGGAUUGGGAUAAGAAUGGCUCGAAGCUCUGUUGCAUCAACGGUGAUCGUUGGAAGCUAUUACUUAGCUGUCGAUCUAUUAGUUCCCAAGUGAGGUCAGACAAAGGCUACGAAUACGUCUUGUAUUGAUCAUAAAAGAUAAACAAUACCUCAAUUUUGUUUAGCUUGCGUUUGUAGUACAAUAAAAGAGAAACAUUUGUAUUGUUAUGCAUCAAUUAUACUCUUUUAAGUUAA